AUGUCUAAAGGUUCGAUCCGUGAUCAGGGACGUAAAACCCUGAAUGAACACGCCGUGUGCGCGCGUGUCUGGUCGGACAAGGUUCUAGACAAGUGGAGCCAAAUGGACCCGCCGUGUUCGGCCCCAGCGUCACGCAUCCUCUGUACGACGGCGCAGAUAUCGCCCUCGCAUAGCGAAAGUCUUCCGGCGGGAAAUGAGACGUUUAUCGUUUCCUUCUCUGGGCCGUUCACCGGAUUCGCGCUCGCGAUGACACCGGAUCGUCACCCCACUAACUUGUCGAUCACUCCUCAGUGGAAUACGUGGCCCAAAGGUCAAGUGGAGGGUGUGUUUAACACAACGGAGGCGGGCGACGCGAAUAUUUGCGCCUCUACCACCAAUGCGAUUUAUCCCGGUAUUGUUGAACGGUGCAGCGUCUGGUAA